AUGAAGGGCGAGACACUGGGCAGAAUCCGAGCAUAUUGGCUAGGCAGCGUGGUGUGUCUCGGUGGUUUCCUCUUCGGCUACGACAGCGGCAUCGUCGGUGGCGUCCUUACUUUUAAGUCAUUCGAAAAUGACUUCCACUACACGUCCACCGACGCCACACGCACCAAUUCGCUCGCCGUCGGCCUGCAGCAGCUUGGUGCCUUUGUGGCGUGUUUCUUGGCAUGGCCGCUGACGUCCCGCCUCGGCCGCCGGAAAACAUUGAUGUUGGCGUCGUUUGUGUUCUGCGUCGGUGCUCUUAUUCAGACCAUCAACACACAUUCUCUGUCAGCAUUUUACGUGGCCCGUGUCAUUGCCGGCCUCGGUCUCGGUGCAGCCACCGUGGUUGUGCCUACUUACAGCAGCGAGAUGUCGCCUAAGGACAUCCGCGGUCGCAUCGGCUCUUUCUUCCAGUGGUUCUAUACAUGGGGCAUAUUUUUGUCCUAUUUUGUAGACUACGGCGUGUCGUUGCACAUGGGUGGAACCGACUCAAGGCAGUGGCAGAUUCCCGUAGGCCUGCAGCUGGUCCCGGCUGGACUGCUAGGCCUCGGUAUGCUCACCCUGAAAGAGUCGACACGUUGGUUGACGAAGAAGGGUCGUCACGAGGAGGCCUGGGAGAGCCUCACGUGGAUCCGGGGCCAAGAUUCCGAGGAGGUGCAAAUGGAGAUGGAGGAGAUCCGCCGGGGCGUUGAGAACGAAGUGCGGGCCACCGAGGGCUUCCAGCUCCGGGAGCUGCUUCAAGGAGAUAACUUAAAACGCGUCUUUACUGCCUUCGCCAUCUUUACUGCACAGCAGUCGACGGGUGCUACGGCGUUUGCAUACUUCGGCCCGCAGUACUUUAAGCUGCUCGUGGGCAGCGGAUCCAAGGAUCUUCUGCUGACGGCCAUCUUUGGUGCCAUCAAAGUCGUCGCAUGUGGUAUAUUUGUUGUAUUCGUGUCGGAGCGUGUCGGUCGCCGGAGCAUGCUGGUUGGUGGCGCGGCACUCAUGGCGGCGUGCCAGAUCACCACGGCCAUCGUGGUCAAGACCAUCCCACCCCCGGCCGAAGGCCGUGUCACGUCGUCCGGAAUCGCCACUGUGGCGCUAAUUUAUAUUUUUGUCAUCAUCUACAACUUCUCCUGGGGUCCUCUUCCAUGGCCCUAUGUGUCCGAGAUCUUCCCCGCUCGUAUUCGUGAGCCGGGUAUUGCAGUCGGUGUGGGCUCGCAGUGGCUGUUCAACUUUGUGUUCUCGCUAACGACGCCGUACAUGAUGAAGGGACUGGGCGGUUGGGGCACGUUCCUGCUUUGGGGCAUCUUUGAUGCUGUCAUUGCUGUCGUGUCUUUCUUUUUCCUUCGCGAGACAAAGGGUCUGUCCCUGGAGAAGAUCGCCCACCAGAAGUUCCGCAAGAGCGCCGAUGCACACCAGGUGGACGAAAUUGAAGAUGCCAUUGGAAAGGAGACGACUGUCCUUUGA